AUGGAAAAUAAGUUAAACUAUGAAGAGAAUAUCCAAGACGGUGAAAUCCCUGAACGAGAGAUGGUCGAAGAGACCAUCCUCAGUGCUGUCUCCGAAUGUAUCAGUAAAGAAUUCUCCUCGUCCUUAGUAGAGAUGCUCUCACUAAAGAUCCAGGAAACCUUAAUCACAAAUAUGGAGAAAGAGUCUAAAUAAGUUCUUUAAUACCUCCUCUCACUCCUUGAAGCAAAAGACCACUGAAGAGAUAGAGAAUAGGUUAGAAAAUCUACAGGCUAAUAUUGAGUACAACCCUGAACAGAUCUGUGACGAGAUUCCUAAAAGUUUGUCAACCUGACUCCAGAAAGCAGAGGCUACUAAAGACAGCUUGCUCGACGACAUAGCCAAGCAGCAGAAGUAUUUAGAGGAAGUCGAGUCUAACAUUGAUGAUAAGAUUUAUGAAUUCAAUAACAGGAACAGAGUAUCACAAAUUAAUCAAUAAACUUUCAAUAUUUAGACAAA